AAUCCUACUAUUGGCAAUUGUUAAAAGAAUUUAAUUCUCGUUGUUGUUUUGGAAGCGGGCAUUCAAAAUAUUGAGCAAAAUAUUUUAGGAAAUGUAGUACAUACACUUUAAUCCCGUAUUUGCUAUUUAAGCCCGAACAUGUGUUUUUUAUGUGCCUAAAAUGUAAACUGAAUAAAUACUUAUAAGACAUGGAUAGUGAAGUUACAGGAGAUUAUUUCAUUAUUGACAUAUCUCAUCAAGGAAAUGAAAAUGUUUACAAUUCUGACUAUAUUACAGAUGCAAUAGUCAUAUUAAUACCUCAAGUAUCUAAGCUGUAUGGAGUCUAUCAAGCAUGGUAUCCUCUUAAAGAAGAAGAACGGAAAGCACUUGAUAAUAAAGCAAUAAAUAAUUUUACACAUGACUAUCUAACACUGUAUAAAAUUUUGGUAGAUGCACUACAACGUUGGGAUGAGAUUCAAGAUAGUCAAGGGGCUGGUGGUGUUCGGGUACCACCUGGAGCGGCAGCUGCUGGCCGUCGUCGGUCGGGUCGAGAGCUUCCUGGAGUCCCUGGAGCGGGGCCGGCCGCAGGGCGAGGGGCCGACGCCUCGGAGCAGCCGCGGCAAGCGCAGCAGGGCCCGCGGCAAGCAGGCGCAGCUGCGGUCCGCCGAGAGCCUCGCCGACCUGCUGACCGGUAGUGACCUCCCGGAGCCUCUGUCCGACUGACCCCUGCCUCGCACUACUGCUCGACCCGUAACACAGCGCACCCGCACCGGUUUUCAGAGAGAAAAAUGAAAGCACAGUCCUCAUCAACACGACAGUGGAAGAAAAAAAAAGAAAAAAAAAAAGAAAAAAAAUACAGGCAUUUGAAAAAUCAUUAAAUUUUUUCUGAAAGUUCUUACAAUACAGAUUCAGUUUGAUGUCGAUUCAACAUCCAUUGAUACAUCUUUAUGAACUAUAUUCUUGCGUUUGUGUAAAAAAAAUUUUGUUUUUAAAAGCAUCUAUGUAAAUAACUUUAGGAACAAACAAUGUCAGAUGAUCUACAUAUUACGAGAUAUCUAUGAACAGUGCAAAAUAAGUUGAUAUUGUUUAUGUUAGAUACAAAUCAUGAGAAAAUUUGACUGUGUUAUUUAAAUUUUAAAGGCUUUUUAACAUAAGAAGUAUGUACCAACUAUUUCACCGUUCUGAGCACCAUUGAAAUGUAUAUAUAGGAUGCAACACAGAAAAGAAAACAAUCAAUGUAAAUUUUUAGUUUUAUAAUUUUAUAUGUAAAAUUACUUUAUGAUAAACAUAGUCUUUUUAAAAAAAUCAACAGUCUACAACUCUGUUAACACAGUACUCAACACAUAUGAAUCUGAAACAUUCUUCACUUUGUAGGUUACAUAUUCACAAAAAAUGUGAAUACUUUGGAAAACAAAGUGUCAAAUAUUUAGCUUUUUUUUUAAUUAAAAAAAAAACUCUUUUUAGAUUCUACAUUUCUGUAUGAGUGACAUUGUUCUGUGAAUCGUGCAAAUGCCAGUCCAUUCCUGCAUUCUACUAACUUCAAAAUGAUUGUUCAUGUAUAAAAAGUUGAAAUUUAGUUCAUGGAUGGAUUUUUCGGAUGUGCAUCUCCGGAGUAGUUAAUAAAUAAUUUUAAUUGGGAAGUAAAAAGUAAUACUCCGCUUAAAAGGUCUCCAUACAUAGUUUAAGAAAAAGUGAAAUUACAUUUUUACCGUACAUACAAUGAUUCCACUACCUUUGUUCAAAAACAAACAAUACAAAAUUGUUAUGUGGGCGUAAGGGGGGAGGGU